AUGGACCCAGACGAGCCUCACAUUUCCUCAUCACUCUUUGCACUCGUCUACUGUUACUUUGAGGACCUGGUUGUCUUCCCACUGCUCAUUACUCUCGACGUUAUCUUCUCUUCCUUCUCUAUCUUCAGCUCUCUCAAAAUGUCUUUCUCCUACGCCCCUGCCAACGCUACUGCUUCACCUCGUGGAAUGCGCUCUGCAGGCCGCUCAUCAUCGACUGAUGCAAACGGCACGCGAGUUUCUACCGAAUACUUCCGCUCGACCUCACCUCCUUCCACUCCUAAGAGAAAGGCACGCGGUCGUUUGUCUGGUCCUGGACCUGAGCGCUCCCCUCACCGUUGGCGCUCGCGUGCUCAGUCUCCCACGGACAACUAUGCCAUUUCCCGGUCCAACUCAAGCCAUCGCGCCCGCCCCAGCACGCCGCCGCCCUCGAUCACAGCAGAGGCUUUCUCUCCCCUGUCGCCGCCGUCCAAGUACAACAAACAUGCAACAACCAUGUACCAGGGGCCGCGCAUCCAGCGGUACAAAUCCCAAAGUAGGAUGGAAAGUCUAUUACCCGCCAGUCUUUCGGAGGUUCCUAGAAGGGGUUCUACGCCUGGCUUGGCGUUAUACAAAAUGUUUGACUUCGCUCCGAACGGGCCUGACAUCGCUCAAGUCUGCUCGACAAUACCACCAUGUGCCUGGAUUAAAACCAGUGCAUCCAGCAGAGAAUACCAAUUCGCCUUCAAGCUCCCCCAACCAGGCGAUGAUAUUCGCUAUCUGUCAGCAGCGCCAAGGCAAUGUUGGACAAAGAUAACCUUCGCCGACAAACACCGAGCUAUCAACCCUAAUGAUCCCUCCACAACCGUGCCGCUGGCCGGCGUUAGCCUGGUAGAGGUUUUGUUAUCAGAGUCGGGUCGCAACGAACUGGCUCUUGUCGACGGGGAGCAGUGCGUUUCCUUCGGUAACAGGGGAGUCCCUACUACCAUCGAUCUGUCUAUCAGGAUCAAUGGAUAUCCUCCAACUAUCCCGAAGAUUUCCGUUUCCUGCGCACACGGGCAGCUUACUCGUCGUGGCCUUCUAAGUGCGAUUGCAAAAGAAUUCUAUCUUGCUACCAAGAGUGGAAAACCGACUCGUGGUUUUGUUCACCAUUCGGGCCUUCCUGAACGAAUCUCUUUGGAUAAUCUCCGGAUAGUGUCCAUCUAUGCAAUUGAUGACAUCGUAUGGCAUCCGGAAUUGCUCUAUUGCUCGUCGGUCAAGAAGUAG